UCUUAAGCAAACACAGUUACCUCAAUUUAUCCGCAAAAAUUGUAAACACCCUAAGUAUUUAUAUUAUAUACUUUAUAAUGUAGAGAAUGUAAAAUGGUAGAGGGGUAAAUGCGACGAGAGUAAUAAGAAAGGUCAUUGGGUUAAAGGUACUCGAUAGGAAGGUCGGACGCGGACAAUGGAGUCCAGUACUCUUGGCUGUGGAAGCUGGCAAACGUCACCCAGUCACCGUACAGCUAUCUGUGGACCAAUACCAGCACCGCGCCGGAAUUGGUCGCGGGGCCAUCCAGGAGAACCAUGUACGUCACCGCGUUGUACUUCACGAUGACUUGCAUGACCUCUGUGGGCUUUGGUAACGUCGCCGCCGAGACCGAUAACGAGAAGAUUUUUACCAUCUGCAUGAUGAUCAUUGCCGCCCUGUUGUACGCCACGAUCUUCGGUCACGUGACUACGAUAAUCCAACAGAUGACGUCUGCUACGGCCAAGUAUCACGACAUGCUAAACAACGUGAGGGAGUUUAUGAAGCUGCACGAGGUGCCAAAGGCUCUUAGCGAACGCGUGAUGGAUUACGUGGUGAGCACCUGGGCGAUGACCAAGGGCCUAGACACCGACAAGGUACUCAACUACUGCCCCAAGGAUAUGAAGGCGGAUAUCUGCGUUCAUCUCAAUAGGAAGGUCUUCAACGAACACCCUGCAUUUAGAUUGGCCUCUGAUGGUUGCCUCCGUGCCCUAGCGAUGCAUUUCACAAUGUCCCACAGCGCACCUGGUGAUCUAUUGUAUCACACGGGCGAGUCUAUCGACUCGUUGUGCUUCAUCGUAACCGGAAGUCUCGAGGUGAUCCAGGACGACGAGGUCGUGGCGAUCCUUGGCAAGGGAGACGUGUUCGGCGACAGCUUCUGGACAAACCCGUCCAUAGGACAAAGCGCCGCCAAUGUUCGAGCUCUAACCUACUGUGAUCUUCACACGAUCAAAAGAGAUCGAUUGUUGGAGGUGUUGGAUUUUUAUCAGGCCUUCGCCAACUCCUUCGCCAGAAAUCUCGUUCUAACCUAUAACCUUAGCCACCGGGUGCUUCUCAACUUACGGAGUUGAUCAAUGUGGCCUCUGAACCGCCAUUUUUGAUUCCUCGCCAUUUGCUGUCACGAUACGCAAGUUUAAAUUAUCCCGCGCAAAAUACAAAAUCGAAUUUCAAGUUGUUUGGUUGAUCUUCCGGAAGGUGGCCGAUGUCCGUCGAGAAAAGGAGCUGGCUGAGAGGAGGAAGAACGAGCCGCAGCUAGAUCAAGCGCAGGAUCACUUGGUGCGCAAAAUCUUCUCGAGGUUCAAGACCGACGGGGAAGCCCAGAUCGGCGUGAGCAGGGCCGCGAACGGACGGUCCCAACAGGAUUCCGACGAGGAGCUCACCGUGAACGUCCUGCCGCCCUGGCCCAGUUUUAGGCAAUUUCAUUUCUUACGUAUUUAUUUAUCUUUCUUCAUUCUUUUUAUUGCCAUCUUUGCUACUUCUUACUCGUGUCGUAUACCGAUCUUUUAUGCAACUCGCGCGAGCGUCUCCUCCUCCGGGAGCGACCGGCAUAACGCAUUUCUAGAGAGAAAGGUUCCGAAGGGUAUCACGGAUGUGCAAUCGCUGUACACACGCUUGAAAGAGAAACUGAUACUGUAUUUUCUCACUCAGCACGUCUACGAAGUAGCCUGGGGAUAUGAAGUUGGAAUAGUGGGCAAUAUUUAGGUGGUGUGUCAUCCUGAACAAUCAAGGCAAUGAAAAAGAGUACACAAGGGUAGCUGCAUGAAUGCAACGAGAGAUCAGAUCACUGAGAUUACUUUAGACCACUUGACGAUUACAUUAAUUCAAUUAAUAUUGAAUUACAGAACUGGCAAUGCUAUGUACCUUCACGAGAUUGAUCGAUCAAAGGUAGAACAGAAACAUAUGUUUGAUACCAAAUUUGGAAAUGGAAAGAUAGAUUUUGAGAAGUUGAGAAGAGAGAGGCUGAGUAGCAUAAAUGAAAUGGAAUGAGAGAGGUUUGUCCCACCUGUGUCCCAGUAUAAAGUUAAAUUAUGUACCAAACGACGUUCUUGUACGUUUUGAACUGUUUUCUUCAAUGACUUGAAUCAUCCGGGAUCACACCAUGCAAAUAUUGCUGGACUACUUUUCAUCUCAUCCUAUGCUGUUUAGACGAUGGUGUUUAGACGAUGGGAAAUUUCGAAAUCGAUUUGCCCAGGAGCUGCAUCGUUCAAUGAUGCGCGUACACAUCACCCGGUGCCAUUAAUAUACAAAUCUUUAUUCAUUUUUGACGAUCACUGCAGUUCCGACGAAUGCUAGAGUGCUGUAAAAUAUACGGCUUUAGAGGGUUAUGCGCAUCUUUCUCCCACAUAAAUAAAUAAAUAUAUAUAUACAUAUAUUACAUAUUCUUAGUGGAACCAGGAUUUAUAUAGAGCGAAUUCGAAGACUCUCUGUUUCUUUCAAUCUAAUCUAAUCUAAUCUCUUCUGUGUACUUGCGAGCAAUCGUGCUGUUUCAUUUAUUUAAAAGAGCAUGAUUGCUAAUGUGUUGACAAAGCAAUGUAAGAGAGCAAAAAUGGAGUAAGACACUUCUUUUCUAAUUAGCUGACAUUUUUCAAACUACUAAUAUCUACAUAUAAUUACUAAUAUGCAAGUACUUCUGUAAUGAAAAUAUCAUUGUUUCAACUAUUUUGAUACUAAACUGUGACCUUGUAGACCAUCGUGAUUGAACUCUCAUUCAAGAUAGCACAAACCUUGAUGAUUACUCCCUAAUCAAACAAGAUGACACAAUGAAAUCAACUGAUGUUGAGUUUCACGUUCACAUCAAUUUUGAAUUUGACCAAUUUGUGUUAAAUGUCAGUCCACUCGUUUGCUCUCGAUAUUACUUUGCUUUUCUAUUAAGAACCAAGGGAGAAACUAAAAAAUCCUCCCCACGAAAUUCUUUUGAAAGUGAUACCAGAGUCUUCCAUCGCGCCUCGAGCAUCCGUUCCUUUUACGAUUUUAUGCAACGCCGAAUGCAUGUGACGUACACACUCUAGGAUUCAAGUUUCUCUCUGUCACCUGUAUUUAUAUACAUACAUAUACGUGUAACGUGUAUGCGUGCGAUACAUGUAUGUAUGUAUGUACAUUAUAUAUAUAUAACGAUGCCAAGUAGCUGCUUGAAAAACUGCCAGACUGCCAAACGAUUUCCAACGAAGGUUCAUUCGAAUCUUCAAUUUCUCUCUUGAUCGACCGAUUUUAUUUCUAGAAGCCUCGAUCGGCGGCAUGUUUCUUCCGUGCAUGAUAGACACAUAGAGUACUUUUUAAUAACGAUUAACAGUUUAGAGCGAAGAGACGAGAUCAGAACGAACGAGGGCGGGGUACAUUCUUUUCUUCUUUUUUUUUCUCGUUUCUUUUCUUUUUUUUUUUUCU